GCCAGAAGGGCGCCUCUGGGAAGCAGACCACGGUGGCAGCAAAGUUUCAGGGCAGCUGAGGAGCCGUCACCGCAGCCCUUCCAGCCCAAUCACCUCCCUGGCUAUGGAGGGCGGACUCUAAAAUGAAUCCCAAUCUGGACACCGGCCACAAUACAUCAGCACCUGCCCACUGGGGAGAGUUGAAAAAUGCCAACUUCACUGGCCCCAACCAGACCUCGAGCAACUCCACACUGCCCCAGCUGGACAUCACCAGGGCCAUCUCUGUGGGCCUGGUGCUGGGCGCCUUCAUCCUCUUUGCCAUCGUGGGCAACAUCCUCGUCAUCUUGUCUGUGGCCUGCAACCGGCACCUACGGACCCCCACCAACUAUUUCAUCGUCAACCUGGCGAUUGCCGAUCUGCUGUUAAGCUUCACUGUCCUCCCCUUCUCAGCUGCCCUGGAGGUGCUUGGCUAUUGGGUGCUAGGGCGGAUCUUCUGUGAUAUCUGGGCAGCCGUUGAUGUCCUGUGCUGCACAGCAUCCAUUCUAAGCCUAUGCGCCAUCUCCAUUGAUCGCUACAUUGGGGUGCGCUACUCUCUGCAGUACCCCACGCUGGUCACCCGCAGGAAGGCCAUCUUGGCCCUCCUAAGUGUCUGGGUAUUGUCCACGGUCAUCUCCAUUGGGCCUCUUCUUGGAUGGAAGGAACCUGCGCCCAAUGAUGACAAGGAAUGUGGGGUCACUGAAGAACCCUUCUAUGCCCUCUUUUCCUCACUAGGCUCCUUCUACAUCCCUCUGGCAGUCAUUCUGGUCAUGUACUGCCGGGUCUACAUCGUUGCUAAGAGGACCACCAAGAACCUGGAGGCUGGAGUCAUGAAGGAGAUGUCCAACUCCAAGGAGCUGACCCUGAGGAUUCACUCCAAGAACUUUCAUGAGGACACCCUCAGCAGUACCAAGGCCAAGGGCCACAACCCCAGGAGUUCCAUAGCUGUCAAACUUUUUAAAUUCUCCAGGGAAAAGAAAGCAGCCAAGACCUUGGGCAUUGUGGUCGGUAUGUUCAUCUUGUGUUGGCUACCCUUCUUCAUCGCUCUACCACUUGGCUCCCUGUUCUCCACCCUGAAGCCCCCUGACGCCGUGUUCAAGGUGGUGUUCUGGCUGGGCUAUUUCAACAGCUGCCUCAACCCCAUCAUCUACCCGUGCUCCAGCAAGGAGUUCAAGCGCGCCUUCAUGCGCAUCCUCGGGUGCCAGUGUCGCGGUCGCCGCCGCCGCCGUCGCCGUCGCCGCCUGGGCGGCUGCGCCUACACCUACCGCCCGUGGACGCGCGGCGGUUCGCUGGAGCGCUCGCAGUCGCGCAAGGACUCGCUGGACGACAGUGGCAGCUGCCUAAGCGGCAGCCAGCGAACCCUGCCUUCGGCCUCGCCGAGCCCCGGCUACCUGGGCCGCGGCGCACCGCCGCCGCUCGAGCUGUGCGCCUUCCCGGAGUGGAAGGCGCCCGGCGCCCUGCUGAGCCUGCCCGCGGCGGAACCCCCGGGGCGCCGCGGUCGCCGCGACUCGGGCCCACUCUUCACCUUCAAGCUCCUGGCGGAAUCCGAGAGCCCCGGGACCGAUGGGGGCGCCAGCAACGGGGGCUGCGAUGCCGCGGCCGAUGUGGCCAAUGGGCAACCCGGCUUCAAAACCAACAUGCCCCUGGCGCCCAGACAGUUUUAGGGUCCCCCCCCCCGUCCAGCUUCCUUUUCCUGGGGAGAAGUCAUCGUGGGAGG